AGAACAAUAAAAACCGGCAGCUCCAGUCCCAAAUAACAACAGUGGCACAACAAGUGGUCGACUUCACGCGGCGCUGCGCAGACUGAUCAGCGAAUGACAACAAAGUACCGCGAGAGUGAUUAGAAAGCACCGCUUGCUUUUUCCGGUGUGAUGACCUCAAGUCUGUCCCAAAAUGCACUCCCAUGUACCCUUAUGGACUCGUGCCUAGUGCCCUAUAGGUCUGCACUUUCUGACGUCACCAAGUGUGGACUCAGAGGAGGUCCUCAAGACCGGAGUGCGCCAUUUGGGACAGGACCUCUGAAGCGUAGAUUUUGACAGAAACUCGAGAUCCUUGACGACGGCGACACGAUGUCCAGUUUGUCAGAUGAUGUACAUGUUACUUCUCUGAGAUCAAAGCUUGAAGAAACUCUGGUGUCAUAUCACCAUGUGAAUGCAUCAGAGUGGAAUAUCGCAAAGAAAUCGGACGUGACGGUGUGGAGGAAACGUUCAGAAGAAUUCAGUGGCUUUCUAUAUAAAGCAGAGGGAACAGUGGCAGACACCCCGCAGAGGACUGUGGAGUAUAUUCGCCCCGGUCCGUACCGUUUAAACUGGGACAGUCUAAUGACUUCCAUGGAGAUUGUCGAAACACUAGACCAGGGCAGUUGCGUUAUGAAAUACACAACCGCAGGGCAAUUGUGGAACAUAAUUUCUCCGAGAGAGUUUGUGGAUUUCUCGCACACGACAGACUAUGAGAACGGUCUGCUCUCCUGCGGUGUAAGCGUUGAUCGUGAUGAACACAAACAGGGUUUCGUACGAGGGAUUAAUCACCCGUGUGGCUGGUUCUGUGUGCCAGUGGAGAAUUGCACACACUGUUUAUUAACCGGCUACAUCCAGACUGACCUACGGGGAAUUCUACCGCAAUCUGCGGUGGACACGGCGAUGGCCAGUGGCCUGAUCAAUUUUUACAGUGACCUCAGACAGGCUCUGAAAAUGUAGUCUCUCUAUCAGUGUGCAAAUUACAGGAGAGAGGCCUUGCCAAGCCAUGAUUUUGACUUUUUGACUCAUAAAUUGAAAGUACAGUUUUUCAGAGUUUUCUGACACAAAACAUCAUUCCAGCAUCAAUGAAAGAUUAGCACUCGGUAAAGAUGAGGAUUGAAAGUUGAUUGUUUUUUAAUCAACGUUGAAUUUGAGUUGAAGACUAAGAGUUUGAAUGAGAAAAGAAAGUGAAAUGUGAUAAUCUGAUAAUCAUCACAAUGAAUCCACCACUCAGCUCAACACUGAGCCAAAUAAAUAUCCAUUUGCGUACUCAUUAGAAUCAUUAACACGUAUGAUAGUGUGUUAAAUGCUUCAAUGUACGUGUAUGUUAAAUGUUUAUAUUAACUGUAUAGUUUAUAAACAGUUUGUUUAUAGUAUAGUAUAGUUUGUUGAUUGCGAGCGCGCCUGUCUGUUAUCUGAACAGUAGUAUGGAAGGCCGUUUUAUCAAAAAUGUCUUUAGACGUAACGUGUACAGACGAUAUAACGCGUGGACGCGUUUUUGCGCCUAAAGACGUAAUUUCGUCUACAGACGUAUUGGUUUUAGCCAAUGGAAAGUCACAAAACGGAAAGAUUUGCAUAAAAUUGAUUAAGCAUAUAGUCGUGAUGUCAUCAUUAGCGUAACCACGUGUCAUUCAUGAAUUAUACAUAUAAACGUGAUGCUCCCUCAUGCGUGGCACUGCAUAUGGUCCUAGUAAUGAAUACGUCAGCGUAUACGUGAUUUUACGACAGGGGAGAAGAGGGCAUUUCAAAAUACAAGCGGUAUAGACAGACCAUCGAAAGCAUGGCUUUGCGAAAUUUUCUUAACAACUGCCUACGCGUUUUUCAAGAAUGUGUGCAUUUGUAAAAUUAUAUGUAUUAUGCCGUCAACCCAAUGGGCAACAUGGGCUGCUGCCGAGAGUCCCGAACACUAAGGGAUCCCGAGAGAGUUCUCAUUUGCAUUUUAACAUUACACAUAUUUACAUUACACAUAACACAUAUUUGUCCAGUAUUAUGCAUAUCCGAAUCACUACGGACAGUACAUGAAGAUUAAAAUCAUGUUAAAAACACGAAAAAUGUCAGAAAACCAGUAAACGAGGAAGCUGCGUUUUUAUUUUUUGUAUGAAGCAUAAAUUAUGUUUCAUUAACAAAGUUCUGGAGAAGCCGGAGCACAUAAUCAUCUCGGCUGGUUCGCUAUCAGCAAUCAGCUCAAGCGAGACUCCUUAUAAAUAAGACCAGAAAUCUCACCUGUGCCAUCUCUACAAGUAAUUCAACACCCCUCCACCUCCCCGUUAAAAUACAGCUUUCCGCAUAAGUAGACCGAAAUUCCUAUGAUCAAAAGCGAGCACUUACAUUGUUCUCGUCUAUUUGGGUUGAUUCGGCUGAAAGUGACAGCGCGUCGUUUCUUUGGUCUGCGCCCUAAAUAGCGUGCUUACUGACAUCAGCUAUUAGCAACACUAUACAAUCUUGUUUCUGUGUGUAUAUGAUAUACGGUGUUUUCAGAGCUCCGUUUCAAUUUGCCUGUCUGCCGCUUAAUCUGUCUUCCGGGGAUGGUACUUUCGAGUCAGAUCCGUGGGCGUGGCUUGUUGGUUUUGACUAAAUCUUUGGUGUUUCAAGUCUUACGAAACCUUUACCCUAACCCACACCCUAACCCUAACCUUACUCUAACCACCUAUGAUUGUUCAAAUUGAUGAAAAAACACGUUUGGGUGAUGACGUCAGACUCGAAACACCAAGGAUUUAGUGAGAGCCGUACGAGACACAAGCGGCCCUCGGGGAACCGGAGAGUUGAUUACACCGUAUAGGCUACAGUAAACACACACACGUAUGUUAGAAACAAGCUGGUAUAGUGUUGCCAUUCGUGUCUGUGACAUGAAAAUAAACAAAUGUUGCGUUUUAAGCUGGCGCUGUGUGUGCGAGUCAACGCCAUUCAUGGCAGUCACAAAUACAGCGAUGAUACAGCUGAAGUGGUCAAGUAAAAUAUCUCGUGUGAUUUGACAUAAAUCCUCUGUAGGUUAAAGUAUCCAUGAUAAUUUCUUGGGAAAAUGAACGACUGUGCAACGUUCGGGAGCAAGAGUAAACUUUCCGCUGCAUUUGUCAGCUGCUCCGCAGUCUGAGAGGCUUCGGACAGACGAGAGAAUAAUGAUAUCGGGCGGGUUUUCUGUGAAAUUGUACCGUUAAAUGUAGAUAAACUGUCUGGAUUGCGUUUACAUUACACUGAGAUCCGAUUACAAUGCGUCCUCGACUACCUCUGGAUCAGGACACGCUGAUCGGAUGACAUUCCGAUCAGAAGCGCGUUUACACUUUUCUUUUCAAUGUGUAUGUGGACAACAUCCAGAUACAGGUCGCAUGUUAAUGCCAAGUGUAAACGCACCCUUAGAUCUAUUACACCUUACUGUUAAACUGUCCUGUGUUUUAUUCUCUCUUUUGCCAUGCUGGACAAAUAUGACAAUAAAAUACUUGACUAUGAAACUCUCUCUCAUAGAUUAUUGUUAACUUCACAGACCUCUCCAAUUCAAUGUCAUCAUGAGGAUGCGUGGUGGUGUUUGUGUCUGUGUGGGGGGUUUGGGGGGGGGUUGAUGCUUUUGUUCUAAGAAGUUGUGUGAAUUUUCUGGGGUGUGAUACAUUCUGAUUCUGCUUGUUAUCCGAUCUGUUAAAACAGGCCUUUAUUUUAUACUCUGCUUCACUGCUUCCUCUCAUUACAUUACUUGCAUUUCUUAUGUUGGAUUGUUUUGUAGUAUUUACAAAUUAUUGCUGCAAAUGCUAUGGCUUUAUGAACUGUAAAAUAUUUCUUAUGUCAAUAAAGAACUAUGAAACUGAAGUUUUCUAACACUCAAAAGGUUUGC